AUGUCCUGGUGGCCCCGCAGUGAGGAUGCAGAAGAGCCCAUGCACCAGGACACGGACUCAGAUGUGGCAGAGCAAAGGGAUGGUGGGAAACUGAAGGUGAAAUGGACACAAGAAGAGGAUGACAGACUGAAAGCCUUGGUUCAGCAACUGGGAACCAAUGACUGGAAAACAACUGCAAGUCUUAUUCCAACCCACAGUGAGCAUCAAUGUCAGCAUCGGUGGUUUAAAGUUCUGGAUCCAGAAUUGGUUAAGGGUCCAUGGACCAAGGAAGAGGAUGAGAAGGUAAUCGAGCUUGUAAACCGGUAUGGCAAUAAACAGUGGGCAGUAGUAGCCAAGCACCUCAAAGGGAGACUUGGAAAACAGUGCAGGGAACGCUGGCACAACCACCUCAACCCAGAUGUGAAGAAGUCAUCCUGGACUGCAGACGAAGACCUCAUCAUAUACAAAGCACACUGUCUGCUGGGAAACCGUUGGGCUGAGAUUGCAAAAUUACUUCCUGGACGGACGGACAAUGCUGUUAAGAAUCAUUGGAAUUCAACUAUCAAACGCAAAGUUGAGCUGGGAUUUUAUCUAGGUGAAGUAAUAACUCCGGAGGAACUUGAGGAAUUCUUAACCAAAGUUGAUAAGAAUGUACAGGUUUCCAGUUAUUCAAUAGAUUACGAAGACCAAAAAGUUAGUGUGCAUCAUGUUGAAGUUUCAGGUUCAGCCCCUAUGCGAGUUGGAUCAAAUAAGGAUUCCUUGUCAAGGACUGAGGCCGCAGCAAAAGUUAACCCGAUGGCCAAAGUGGAUUCAGACUCUGGAGAUGCUAAUAUCACCAGUUGGGUAGUAGAUGGUUCAGGCUUUCUGUCUCCUACUGGCCCAGUUCUGAAGGAAGUGCUUGAUAUGGUAGAUGGGGACCUGGAUGGAUGGUGCAACUUGGCAGCCUUUGACUUGCCAGAAGAAAACCCCAGUCCUGAACGCCACCAGUUUCGUCUUGAGGGCAGUGCUUUACAGGAGCUGAGCAAAAGCAGUAAGGGAGAGCUCAUCCCAAUAUCUCCAGGUGGUGUCACUCCGCCGGCUAUCCUGAACCGAAAAGGCAACAGACGCAUCGCUUUGUCUCCUGAGAACAACUCUAGAACUCCUAAAAGCACCCCUGUGAAAAUCCUGCCCUUCUCCCCAUCACAGUUUCUCAACAUGUGGACCAAGCAGGAUACACAUGACCUGGAGAAUCCGUCUCUUACGUCAACACCCGUUUGCAGCCAGAAAGCAACUGUGACGACACCUCUCCAGCGUGACAAGACUCCUUUGAUUCAGAAGGAAAACUCUGUGUUUGUCACACCAAACUGCAAAUCUGAGUAUUGCACAACUCCACGUACUCCUACUCCUUUCAAAAACGCUAUGGAGAAAUACGGCCCUUUGCAGCCGCUGCCUCAGACUCCAAAUCUUGAAGAUGACAUCAAUGAAGUGAUCCUCAGAGAUGCUGGAAUUGAUUUAUCGGUUUCUUGUUCAACGCCUCCUCAGCAACGACGCAAAACCACAACUCGCCAACCAAUGAAAAAAGUGCGCAAGUCUUUGGCUUUAGAUGUUCUGGAUUGUCACACAUCAUCAAGGCGCAAAACAAUGAAAACGGAGGCGAAACGCUCCAUUAAGGACGAACCCAUGUUUAUCUCCAUAAACUCGUCGUCAUUUUGCAACAAAAGCCAAGAAAAUAUCUUGGAUCAGGGUUUUCUUGUGGGCCCCAGUGACAGCGCUUUUUUCCAAAGUUCUGUACACGUGAGUCCUAUGACAAAAGAGUGGGAAACGGUUGUAUAUGGGCAGACUAAAGACCAGUUGAUAAUGAAUGAAAAGGCAAGGCGCUUUCUUCGCUCACUGAAGUCACAUGGACAUAAUCGAGCACUCAUUUUGUCCUGA